CCUCGCGCUCACUUUUUGCGUAUAUGUGUAUGAUAGAAUUUAGAAAACACAUCGGUACAAAUUAUAAGCCUGUGUCAUAAUGUCUUCUGUUUUUGUGUUUGUUGGUUUGUUUUUAUUUAGUUUUUUUUUUUUUGCGAGCUGGUUAUUAGAUGAAUCCAGAAGCCAGAGAAUGCCCCGCCCUUCUCUGUUGGUCUCCACCCUGUGGAGCAAGCAGUGGGCGCACCUCGCAAAUGGAGGGCGCGCUUACUCCCCGCAAAUGGGCAACUGAAGGACUGAAAGGUUCCGCGGAGGUUAAAAGGAAUGCCAGAGCAAACUAUGAUAACAAAAUAAGGAUUUUCUGCGACAACGAGGAUCUCAGGUGCAGUAAUGGAUGGACUGAUUUGCAUACCUUCAUAAGAUAAGAUAAGAUAAAAUAACCUUUAUUAGUCCCACACGUGGGAAAUUUGUUUUGUCACAGCAGGAAGUGGACAGUGCAAAAGUUAUGAAGCAAAAAUUAGAAUACAAUAAGAAUAAAUACCGUACACAACUCAUGAAAGGAACAAACAUUAAUCAUUAUUAUUUUGUUGUUUCACAGGUGUCUGACAGACAUUUUUAGCAGCUAUUACAAGCUUUACUAUUAUUGUAUUUGAGAUUUUCUACUUACUGUAAAUAAUGCGAUAUUUAAAACGAGGCUGCUGGCUACAAUUAUUCAAGUUCAGUGCUAUACUGGGAUCACUAUGGAUACUUUUCCUACUUAGUCAGCUAAAAACAGGCAAAAGUCCUGCCUACAUCCUCAAGUAUCAAUGGCUAGUUUAUACCGAUGAAGAUGAGAGCCCAGCGAAAGUUUGCAACUGCUCAGCAAUCCUGCAGGGAGAGAAGGAGGCAUUGCAGCAAGCCAAAUUACUGACCAUCACCAAAGACUUCCAGAAGGUUAUUCAGAUCCCUGAUGAGUAUUACAUCAGUGUAACCCAAGACUGCAGGAAAUUCCAAAAAAGUAGGAAAUACAUAACAUUCCCGUUAAGCAAGGAAGAAGAGGACUUUCCUCUGGCUUACUCUAUGGUUGUCCAUCACAAGGUGCAGAACUUUGAGCGACUACUGCGAGCUAUUUAUGCACCUCAAAAUAUUUAUUGUGUCCAUGUGGACAAAAAAGCACAGGCCUCAGUCUUUGCUGCCAUCAAAGCCAUUUCUUCCUGUUUCUCAAAUGUGUUCAUGGUCAGCGAAGCUAUGAAUGUGGUCUACACUGGCUGGACACGUGUCCAGGCUGAUCUUAACUGCAUGGCUGAUCUCUAUAAUACCAGUACGACAUGGAAAUACUUCAUCAACCUCUGUGGUCAGGAUUUCCCUCUAAAAACGAACUUGGAAAUUGUGCAAGCUUUGCGUGCACUAAAAGGAGGUAACAGUUUGGAGUCAGAGGAAAUGCCUCAAGGAAAGAAGGGAAGAGUGUCUAAUGCUCACCAAGUAGUUGAUGGAAAAGUCCAGCCAAUAGGAAAAACAAAGGAUCCAGCUCCCUUCAAUCUGCCCGUACUAUCAGGAAAUGCCUAUAUUGUGGUCAACCGCGGUUACGUUCGCAGUGUGUUCGAAGACAAGCGAAUACAGGCCCUCAUUGAGUGGGCCAAAGACACCUACAGUCCUGAUGAGUUCCUGUGGGCAACAAUACAACGAAUACCUGGUGUUCCUGGCUCAACAUGGCCCAACCGUAAAUUCGACAUGACGGACAUGAAUGCAAUUGCCCGGAUGGUCAAGUGGCAGUGGCACGAGGGGUCGGAGGGUUCCCUGCAAGCAGUAUACCCAGAAUGUAAAGGCCACCAUGUCAGAUCAGUAUGUGUGUAUGGUGCUGGAGACCUGCAGUGGUUGAUUGAACAGCAUCACCUUUUUGCGAAUAAGUUUGAUGCAGACAGAGAUCCCAUUGCUAUCUACUGCUUGGAGAAAUAUCUGAGACACAAGGCACUGACUGAGUUAGUUUAGGUGGAGUCAUCAUCUAUUACUAAAGAUAAUUCCAAUAGACACUUAAGUAUAAACACAUUCUUUCAAUGUUUAUUUUAAAUUAAAUUGCUAAUAUCAAUAUUAUUUAUAUUAUUAAUAUUAAAAUGAUUUAGGUUUAGGCUGUAAUUAUGUAGAGGACAAAAUACACAGAGAACUGGCAGGGAAGUUGAUUGCAGUCUAUGUAGAAAGAAAAAUCUGGGUAAAUGAUCUAAUUUCCAGAAGAACUUCAACUCUAAACCUUCAGCCAGACCUACGUCAGUAUAUCAAUAUGACCAAAAAUACUCUGAACUAUGUGCCUGUGUAGCUUGCAUAGAUAUAAACAUAAAAUAUAUGCAGUUAGUUUACAUGGCCCUUAAAUCACCACAACAGUUACCAAUAUUAGAGACACAACUCCAACAACUAGGCGACCACCUAUUAGCAAGCACUUGGCAACACUGGGAAGGAAAAAAUAGCAGGAAGAAAUAGAAACAGGCUCCGGGAGUGUCUGUCUGCACUUCCUCCCAUUGUACAAAAAUAAAGCCAAAAUAUUUUCUUUGUGAGCUGCUAUGCUGCACUUUUGGAACCAGAGCCUGCACAAGAGUAACUUGAGGUAGAGUGGCUGUGUCAUGCUCACUCCCUGGACAUCAUUGGUGUGUCACAGUAAUUUCAAACUAAAAACAUGAAACAACUUCUGCUACAGAUCAACUCUGUUACUUUAUUCUCACAAGGACAGAAAGGGUGACAGCCUUGUAAAAACUUAAUAUAAAGACUUACUGAGGUGCUAAAUGAGAUGAGAAACCUUGCUGUGAAAAACUAUUUCAAAACCAGAUUGGCUGUUCUGUUUGAUGUCUGUGUGGGCACAGUUUUUUGUGUAUGUGAACAGCACACAGGAUUUAAUACAUGUUGAAGCAGUAAUGGAAAUAACAUGCUGAAUUCAUGUUUUCUACUCAUUUUAGGACUACAUGUAUGAAGACAAAUACUUGAUGUUUGCUGUCUGUUGUUUACCUACUGUGACAUAAUUUAAUUUGAAAAUACUUCAAUAAAUGCUUUUAA